AAACUCAAGAGGUAAACUGCGUCAUUUUGAGUAGAAGAAGCUUUACCACCACGACUUUGACGUCAGGAGACUGGUGCUAGCUUGACCUUCCUUCUGCUCGGUAACAAACAGAAAGAUGGCUGGACGCAUGUUUGCAAAUUGGUGGGCCAAAAUGAGCCCUUACUACACCAAGGCCUAUCAAGAAAUGUGGGUCGGUGUUGGCAUCAUGACGUACCUCUACUACAAAAUCUCCUAUGGAGGCAAGAAAGCAGUGAAGGACAAGCCAGCACAUUAGGGUUUUCCACUUCUGACCAACCCCUCCUGCUGUAAAGUUACCCCCAUUCACAUUGGACAUCUUGUUAAUAUGGAUCUAAUAAAGUUGUCAGUGAACAAA